AUGGCAUUUGAAUCUGCUUCACAAUCGCCGAGUGGUCUGAACAACUCUGCACCAGGAUUCGUUGUGCCAGGUUUAUCCUUGCCUGAUAUGGGUGUGGGAUCCGAUGUUUGUAACUCAUUAGCUUUGCAGCAGUAUCAGUUUGAUCAGUUGAUAAGUAAUGUACUUGAAGUGAACUAUGUGGAACAACAGGCAGAUGCACUUGCUAUAAGCAUCAAGGCGGCUGCUGAGCGAGCUGCAGUUCAUGCUGCUGACAUCAGCAGACUCUUGAAUGAUGAAAAGUGUGAUCGCUGUGAUGCACCUGAAGUGAAAAAUGUAGAAUUGAAGCGGAAAAGGGAACAACCAGAACGAAAACCUCAUUCAUGGGCUCCAUCUUCUCCCACGUCAUUAAAAUCAAAGUCCAUAUCUCCGUUGCAUCCAAGACACGUAUCUCCAAUUAAGCCAAGAAAUAGUGGCAGGGAAGAAUAUUCUCGAAGUGACUUCAGAAGCCGGAGCCACAGAAAACCAAGUUCGCAUGGUCGUCACGAUGAUCAGAGGAAUUACACAAAAUCAAGACAUAAAAGAGGAGAUGUAGAUCGUUCUGUUGAUAGGGAAUCUCAUGAUAGGUAUACCAGCAGUAGCAGGAGGAGAUCCCCAUUAGCCAGGAAAAGAUCCUCGAGGCACCAGCAUGAUGGUUCUGGUCCCCCUCAGCGCAGCCGCAGUAGAUCUCGAUCACCUAGACCACGACACAGGAAACCAAGCAGAGUUCAAAAUGAGCGCAGGAUAUCGAAGAGUCCACUUAACAGCAAUAGAAUCUAUAGUCCUAGGAGUUCUAUGAGAACAACUCCAAGAGAUGAUUUUUCUAGAAGGGGCUUAUCCCCAACGCUCAGUACUAGAAGUGUUCUGAUGGAGGAAAACAAAGUUGACAACAAUGAUUUUUCUAGGAGCUUAUCCCCAAAUAAUAAGGUAGAAGACAGCACACUUAACCUGGCUGUUAAUUCUAGAGAAGUAGAAGAUAAACGAUCCAGUAAAAGUUUGAAGAAUAGGAGUUCGUAUACUUCACGAUCACGUUCUACUUCUGAAGAAUAGGGUAGCGCGAAUAUGGUGCUAUUAAGUUAAGAGUCUGCCGGCGUUUACUCGGUUUAAACGGCUUUAGGCUCCAUAUAAUUCAUGUGUCGCACAUCCAUCAAAUAAGAAACGGAAAAACUGUGCUAUUAAGUUCAGAGCCGUUCGGUUCGGGGUCGCACAUUAUUUUGAGUGACGUUAAUCAAUCUCACUGGAAUCGCGUAUUCAUUGCUACUUUUUGCUAGGAAUAUUACUGACGUUUCGCAAAUGAGUCGCAAAUGAGUCGCACAUUAUCACGUAUUUAGUGGUAUUUUGUAAGAUAAAAGAGUAAACAUGUGGGUGGACAAAACCCUCGAUUUUGAUUGGUUGACCGAAGAAAAUGGUUUAAUCUGAGUGCAAAACUCAUUUUGCAUAAAUUUUCAGAAGGGUAACUACCUUCAAACUAUAUUAAAUCCUGAAAAUUGUAUGCAUUUUCUGCAUG